GCGGCGGUUAACGCGUCAAGGAUUAUCCGUCCUCGGUAGCUUUGCUUGAGAAUUGAGAGGGUUAACCUGCCCGAAGGAUUUCUUCAAUCUCUUCUUGUUCAGUUUAAAUUUUUAUUUUUUUCCGAACUGCUACACAGUAACGAGGGCCAGGAAAGUAAUCGAGCAAGGCAAUGAGAUUUGUAGAGGAGAAAAACUGGAACGGUGUCCACUCUUCGGAAUUAAGAACCGACUGAAAUGGACUAAAAGAAAAAGAAUAACAGACACAGACGACAUGCGACGUGCCGGUUUGAAAAUAAGCACGUGGUGACUGAUGUAGGUGCACAAGAGUUGGGAACGACGGCGACAGGUAUGAGCACGGGUGCUGGUAUGGGUGGUGGUAUUGGGGGUGGUACAGGGGGAGGCUAUGGAGCUCCUGCAUCUACUACCGCAACUAAAGCCGCAGCUCCCAAAAAGGAUGAGGAUAUCAUUACUACGAUGAAACAUAAAGUGACAGAAAGCACUAUGUACAGACAUGUACGCCACCCAAUUGACCAUCUUGGAUGCAAACAUCACCUUAAAAAGAAGGGUUGUCGAGUACAUAAAAAGAGACCUCCUCGCGCCCCUAUGGGUGGUGGUAUGGAAGGUGGUAUGGCGGGUGGUGGUAUGAUGGCUGGUGGUAUGGGUUGAGGUAUGAUUUAAUAACAUACUUUUCAGAAAUUAUGUAAUAUUUCUGUGAAUAAGAACCCAAUCCGCAAAUUAAAAA